AUGGAGGCUGCAGGAGCAAUCGACGAUAGGAGGAUCAAGCAAAGCUUCAUCCUCGCAACCCUCAUAUCCACCAUUGCCGGCACCUUCACCACCGGCGUAAACCUGUUCGAUCGUGUUGGGGAAGCCAGAAGGCAACGGAGACAGCGCAAGAUGGACAGGGGCCAAAACCGAAGGAUCAAGGAGCUGGAACAGCGACUGGAUGAGGCUGUGAAGAGCAAGUCCGAGGUCGAGGAGCGCCAGGGUUCUCGAAAUAGAAACCAGAGGGAGGGAGACGAAGAAGAUCUAAGAGACUCCCUUCGGCGUGGCGGUCCGCUGGUUCAGGGGCAGUAUGAUCAGCUUUACUCAAGGAUGGGGCCUCAGUUUGCUCAGGGUGACUUGCUCGCCCAAACCCAACUUCAAGGCCAAAUCAUCACCCUCCAAGGCACCGUCAUCAAAAUGCUUGAAGAAGCCCUCUACACCGGCGAGCCCCCAGACAUCCGCAAGCUCUACAACGCCUCUGAGUUUGCCCGGGAAGGCAGCAUGCGCGCUCUCCGCGACCAGUACCAGCGUCUUCUCCAAUCCGCCCCCAUAGACCGGGCUCUUCCCGCUCCAGGACCCGGUCCAGCCCCAUCCUACCGUUCCAACCGAAGCCAAAGCCGCCCCAUCGCUCCUGUCCGGCGCACCUCCUCGACCCCUUCCCUCCGAGACUACUACAACACCAGCGACUACGACACCUCCUACCACCCCACCACCACCCACACUCGCACCCGCGGCACACGCGGCACCGGAGGCUCCGUCGCCCACUCGCACCACUCCCACUCCCAGUCUCACUCCCACUCGCGCUCCCCUUCGCUGCACUCAUCAAAUGGAAUCCCCAAGCAACUAACCUACCACAACUCCAUCUACUGCCAAUACGCCACGUACCUGCAACAAUCCGGGCAACCGCUGGACUCCUCACUGGCUUCCUCGGGCGUCUGCCCCGACUGCCACGCGCACUUGUUCGACCCCGUCGAAGUCGUGCAGCGGGGACCGUGGAGGAUCGAUAAGGAAGUCGUGACGCACAACGAGCGGACGGGUCAAGAAGAUGUGGAGUACAGGAGUUACCUGUUGACGACGAGGUUUUUCGUCAAGUGUCAUCGGGAAGGGGGCGGGUUUGCGUGUUACCUGUGCUCAAAGUAUCGGGAGAGGGAUACGGUUUGUAAGAGGGAGGAAAGUCUCGUGGAUCAUGUGGGGGAGAAACACUCGAUUGGGGAGUAUGCGGAAGAUGGGGAUGUGAGGGAUGUUACGAGGUAA